AUGUCGGCAUUCUUUCAACGUUCCACCUCGGAGAAGCUGGAGAAUGACCGGGGUGAACAAGCAUUGCUCGAACCGGCAUGGAAUCCGGUAAAAUCGAUAAAUAAGGAAGAACUGCUGAUUUGGCGGAUAGAGGGUUCAGAAGUGAAGCAGGUAGAGGACAGUGAGUACGGCAUCUUCUUCGACGAUGCCAUCUACAUUUUGCUGAAAGCUGCUAACAAACAACGCAAGAUUUGCUAUGACCUUCACUUCUGGAUUCCGCACUCCAUGGUUAAAUAUAUCGCCGCAGAGCCCCCUGCAAAGGUUAUGGAACUGUCAGCACUUCUACACGAUCGGGUCAUCUACCACAAGGAAAUUGAAUACUUUGAGUCGUCCAUAGUAAAGCAUUACUUCAAAACAUUCAUUGUUCUCCACGACGGCGUCGACACAGCCUUCAACGAAAAUGACCCCCGGGCCUACAAACCACGAUUACUUUUGUUCAAAUUGAAUAGAUCUCGUGGCGAAUUGAGACAAGUUCCAGCCUCCAAAAAGGCGCUAAAUAGUCACUGCGUUUUUGUUCUCGACACUGGUCGCGAGAUGCUUCAGUGGAACGGAAGUUCCUGUAGCGACGAGGAGAGAUCGGCGGCUAGCAAGCACAUCAAUAAUUUCCUGGGCCGACGUAAAGGUAAACUGAUUCGUGAGUUCUACGAUGAAGAAGACCUCUUGAGCUUCAAUCCUUUUACAAGUCUAUUGAGCGAUGAGCCUGUGGACCCACUGCCGAAUCCGCCCAAGGCGUUUGAAAAGGCACUAUUGAGGCUUUCAGACGAUUCGGGUGCGUUGAAAUUGAUUCCAGUGUGUAGAGGUCGGAUUUCUCACGCCGGACUUGAGCCUACUGAUGUCAACUUUGUCGACACGAUCGAUGGACUGUUCAUCUACGUUGGACCAACUGCGUCCAAAAGGGAACGCGAAGGUGCCUGGUCAGAGGCUAGGAAAUACCUAUCCAAUAUGCAGCGUCCAUACAUGUCGGUGCACUUUCUCAAGGCCGGACAGAAGUCGUAUGAGUUUGAUGAAAUUUGGGAUGACUACGAGUAG